ACUUUAACAUAUUGUGUAAAUACUGCCUGUUAAAGGUUAUGGGCCAUCCUUACAUUCAUUCAUAAGACAUUUCCAUAACAUACGAAUGUUUCAAGCAUGUCUUGUAGAACCCCUGUGUUGCAUAAAAGCAAAACAUUACCUCGUUAAAAAUGUAUGCAUAAUAUAAUGACCAUCGACAAAAAAAAGUUCAGAAGGAGACUGACUUUAUCGAAGGAAUUUUGUUCUUGGAAUAAAAAAUUCAAUUUGUUGUCCUGCCUUCAUUUGCUUCUUUUUCCGAAUGUAUUUUCGAUUCAGUCUAUUGUCGAUAUUCGGAGUAGAAGCAAAGCAAGAAGGACGAUUUAUUGUGAAUAAUGUCUUAUUUAUUAUUAAUCAAUUUGCAUUGAUGUAUCUUUUGCGAUAUCACGAUAACCAGUUGAUUUUGAAUUAUGUAUAGACUCUGUAACAUUAGCUGACGUCCUUAAAUCUGUGUAAAUAGCCCGAAAGGAAAGGAAUCUAUUGGAACUUAAGCAAUUGAGUCAAGUUUCAAAGAUGCAUUAAAUUUGCAUGUGAAAAAUGUAACCAAAGUGCAAUUGGAUAAUUUGACAAAUGUAAAGUCAAUUGAGGACAUUUUUGGACAGUGUUCAGUGCUGUGACACAUAAAAUUAGUUAAGGACAUUAAAAUUAAAUGAUAUUGUGAUCAUUAUCAAGAGCUUUAUGCUUAAGGAAAUUCGAUAUUUGAUUAAUAAGUUAAUCAUCGACACAUGUCAUUAAAAUAAUAAUGAAUUUAUCGAGUUUUUGGAAAUUUUCAUGGUGAAUGCUUCAAGGAAUCGAACUAAUAAUUUCAUAUGCUUACUGGAGCUCAAUGCAAUGGAGUUUGUGAAUGUCCGAACGCAAAUGGUCGUGAAAGUUGUGGAAAAAUUAUCAAUCUUAAUGACGAAAAGGAUUGCUUUUUGGUGGGCCAAAUAUCGUUCGAAUGUAAGGAGGUUAAAUGUCAAUGCGCAGAUGGAUUUUAUCAAAGAUUUUCAAAUGUUUGUCGCCGAGAGUCUAUACAGAACGAACCUUUCAAUAUUGACACGAUCGAGCUUAGUUCGAUAGGUGCCGAGACAAAUUCAAUAUGCACAUCCGUUAGUACUCAAACUCCAUCCGUUAAAGAUGCAACAAUACAAACAACACACAGUCUUGAAAGUCUCACUGCAGAAAGUCCAUCCGAUUUAAAAUUUAGCUCGUUUUCCAAUAGACGUAUACGAAAUUAUAUUAAUUAUAGUAAAUUAGUCAAUAGUGAAUUUACAAAAACCUCCAGCAUCGAAUCGUCUUUUAAAGACGAAAGCACACAAUUUGGUGAAUCAUGUGAGUCUGAAAAUAAAUCAUGUUCGGGUCACAAACACAAUUAUUGUCGAAAAUCAAUUUGUCAAUGCCAAGAUCCAUUUUAUCCAAAGGAUGAGAUUUGUAAAGAUGAUUUAAGUGAUGUAGCUGAGGAUGAAAUUUGUUAUGGCAAUGGUCAUGUUAACUCAAAAGCACACAAAUGUUCUCAUUGUAAAAGUGAUCACCUUUGUUAUCCUGAAUCAAUGAAUAGUUUUUCUAGACGAAUUUCCUUGGGACUUCAUUCACACGCAAAUCAAUAUUUACCAUUUAAUCCAAUCUAUUACGAUAAACAAUCAUCAAUCAUAUGUCCCUGCUACAAUUUAUUAAGAUUUAAUCCAGUUAUUGAAAAAUGUGAUUUUAAGCAUGAGAAUGAGCAAUGCACUGAUAAAUUUCAAGUUAACAACAUCAAUAAUAACAAAUUAUUUGAUAAUAAUUCACAAAGAAGCACUUUGGAUUAUAAGGAAAAUUUUAAUGCACAACAGUUAAAGUUACAGCAACUUCAGAAGCAGUACAGUUUUGAUGUAUCGAAAAUUCAAGCUGAGAACGAACCAAUCAAUAAUCGUGCCUUUGCAAAUGAUGAAUACAAAAUUGACAUUUUAGAUGAGAAAACUAUGAAAAGUCAAAUCAAAAGUGAUUAUAUAGAUAAUGAUAAGGACCUAGAGAAAGAACCUGAUUUUCCUGAAGAAAUCGAACAAUCAAGGCCACUUUUGGGUGAUAAAUCGUUUAGUAUGGAUAGAAGAGAUGUAAGUACCUCGAACGAAAGCAUAGCAGUAAGAAAUGAAGCAGUAAAUAAUGAAGAACCUACAACAGAGUGCGCAAAUGGAUGCCAUUGUCAUCAACAUGAUUAUACACCAAUUCGACCUAGACCAACCAAAAAAAAAUCUUCCAGUACAAGCCCAUUGAAAGUAAUCACAUUACUACUGUUUGCUUCAGCAUUCCUAAUUACAGGUUCUGCUUUAAAGGAUGCAUAUUAUCCGUAAACAGUUCCUGAAUACGGUCACGACAUGAAAAAAAGCAAUAAAAAUUUAUUUAACGUUAUUGAGAAUUGUUAUUUUACACCUUUAAAGUUUAUAUCUAAAAGCAAUUCUAAGACACUUUACGGUUUAUUUUUUAAUUUUCUUGUUACUCAUCUUAAUAUAUAAAUAAUUAAUUAAAUUAAGCUUGUUCAAACCUUAAUGAAUAAAAUAAAUAAAUAAGGACAUAUAAAUUAAUAAUAUAAUGUAGAAGUAAAAAAGAAGAAGGAAAACUUGUUAUGGAGAGCAACGAAGAAUAAAUAAAAAUAAAAUAAAAUAACAAAGCUUGUAUUAGUUCUUUCCAUUUCCAUCAUCGGUUAUUUUUAAGGUCGCUAAAUUCUAUGAAUAAUUAGUGCUACAUAUUCUAAUUUUAUCCUUACGUUUUCAAUAUUUCACGUGCUCUAAGUCAUCAUUUGUAGAAUCUGAAGAGUGAUUUCUGCUUCUAUGUUCAUAAAUCGCGAUCCUUAGAGUACAUGAAUCAAAGCUUCCGAAUUAAAUUAACGAAUAUGUUUUAUUUCGAUUUGUUUAAACUUUUUAAUUUUAAAAUGACAUACAAUAAAUCUGAGAUAUAGUUUUUCUAGUCUGUUCCAAAGUAUUUCUGGCCGAAAUGAUUUGGAGCUAUAACGUGUAAUUCACUUGUCAAGAUUUUCAUUUCUGGAAAAUGAUUUAUAAUCAUUUGGGUAGCAACAGGAGUACAGAAGAGGUUUGAUAAAAUAAUACAUUGUUCAGAAACACCAUGUUCUUUUAAUACAUUAACUGCUUGAACGACUGUAUUGCCAGUGCUCAUUAUAGGAUACAUUAAUAAGACUUGUCUCUUCGAUAUGUCCUCUGGAAAUCUUGCAUAAACCACUUUAGCUUCAUGAGUGUCUGCAUCUGAUUCAACUAGAAUUUUUCCAAUUCUUAUUGAUCGGCAGCAUUCUCUCAGACCCUUUUCCAUUGCUUCUCCAGACCGUACGAUGGAUACUCCACAGUUGCCUGAUCUGUACUUUAAUCCAUCAUAAAUAGCACCUAUAUAUAUUACUAUUAGUCUUAAACUAUUUUUAAGCUUUAUAAAGCACAUCGAUUACCCGUCGGUGUUAUGACUGAACAGUCCGAGUACGGUAGUUGAUUUAAGGAUUCUUCAAUGACUAAUCUAAUUAAUCGAUCUGCGUAGAAUUUGAAAUCACUUCUUGAUGUAUUUUUAUCGCGUAAUAUAGUCUGCAACUCUGUUAAUAAUUGUCUGUUAUUAAAAAAUAACUUUAUUUAAUAGAAAGCACAUUGCCUUACCUUUAAUUUGAUCAUUUGGAGGAAUUAUCUUAAAGUUCUUGCCAUAAUCAACUUCCAUUUUAUUGAUCUCUUCAGCUACAUUAUUCAUAUUAUCCUCAGAACUUCGUGUCAUCUCUUUAUCUAAUAAAAUCUUACUUAUUUCACAAAAUUUCUAAAAACUUCUUAAUGUUUACUUUUUUUGCUCUAAA